AAGUUCAAGCAUGAGUGGCUUACAGACAAGUCUCUGGCAUACUGUUCUAAAACGGGAAUAUGGUGGCUUGCAUAUGUGGAGGGAAAAGGGAUGUACUGCCUUUUGUGUCGUAAACACAACACAAAGAAUGAACAGAACAAAUCCAAAGUGUUCAGCAGCGAUCCAGCAGUAAGAUACAGAAAGUCAACAAUCACUUCACAUGCUGAUUCAAGACAACAUCUUGCAGCCAUAGAGGGGGAGCAUUUGCAGAGGGUUUCAACAUUCCACAAGGAGUCAGUAAACAGAGAAAACAUUGCUGAUGAUGUGCUUUAUAAAGCUUUGAUGUCCGUUUACUGGAUCACGAAACAUGAAAUCCCCAUACGCAAACUUGUACCUCUCCUUCAGCUUUUAGAGAAAGUUGGUGUGACUGAGAUGAAGUAUUUCACUCAUAGAUCAGCUGGCAGUGUAAGAGAGCUCCUUCUCACACUUGGGCAGGUCAUUCUUGAACAGCUGCUUGAGAAAGUACACAGGUCAAAUUUUGUUGGUCUUUUGUGUGAUGAUGUCACCGAAAUUGCAACACUUGAGCAGUUUAUCAGCUUCAUUCAGUUUGUUGACCCUGAUUCUGGAGAGGUUCGCACGGACUUUCUCUUUGUUGAGAAUGCACUGGCCAACAGCAAGUCAGCAGAUGCCCAGACCCUGUUUACCAUUCUGACAUCAAAGUUGCAAGAGCUGAAGAUAACAACAGAGAAAUGCUCCAGUUUUGUAAGUGAUGGCAUGAAUGUGAUGCUGGGAGCGCGAUCCGGGCUUGCUACCCGACUAAAGGAAUUAAACCCGACCCUUAUACACUGUAUUUGCCACAAACUUGCCCUGGCUCGUGCCGAUACAAGCAAAGAUCUAGAUUACAUUGCUGGGCUAGAACGCGACCAUAGAACAUUGUGGAAGGCAAUGGAGAAUUCCCCAAAGAGAACAAAUAUGUAUCUCUCCGUACAAGAAGAACUCAAGUCACUGAGAUUGCAAGACCAGAGCAAGAAGACCAUGGCAAGGAGGCUGAAGAAAGCCUGUCAUACAAGAUGGCUGUCCAUGGGUCAGGCAGUGGACACUGUUUACCGAGACCUUGGAGCUGUUCUUUGCACCCUCCAGUCUCUUGAAAAGGAGGACACAGUGGCAUGUGGACUUCUGACGAAGAUGCAUAAG